CACUCCUUUUAUCAUUACUACUACACCCACAGGAACUUACUUCCCCAGGUGAGGCUUGUUUAAAAACGGAGCGUGAAAGACAACAGCUCAGGAGACCAAGGGACGGAUUCAGGUUGACCCCCUGUACGCGAGAAGAGGAAAGGUCUUGCACAGAGCAGGUGAAUCGUUAGCUUUGUGGGAUCUCGUCAUCAUGUGGAUAUUUCUUUUAUUCCUAGUGUUUCCACACCUCCUGGCUGCACAGAAUGCCUGCUCACAUGGGGCUUGUUACCCACCUGUGCGAGACCUUCUUGUUGGAAGAAUUCAUCAUUUGAAAGCCUCCUCAACCUGUGGACUUGUCCAACCUGAAACCUACUGCACUCCAUAUGGGGAAUGGCAAAUGAAAUGUUGCCGAUGUGAUUCCAGAACCCCUCACGCAUUCAACAGUCACCGGGUGGAAAACGUCCUCUCUUCUGCAGGAGACACGCGGUGGUGGCAGUCCCAGAAUGAUGUAAAUCAAGUCUCUCUCCAACUAGAUUUGGAUAAAAGGUUUCAGCUCGGUAGCAUCCUGUUGGACUUCAGGAGUCCUCUGCCAGUUGGCAUGGUGGUUGAGCGUUCCACUGACUUUGGCAAUACCUGGAACAUUUAUCAGUACUUGUCCACAGACUGUGCCACUUCAUUUCCUUGGAUCUCAAGAGGCCUCCCUCAGUCCUGGCAGGAUGUGCGUUGCCAGGACAUGCAGACUCAUCAUAGACCUCCACAAAAUGGCGGGAAGAUUGAGUUCAACCCUGUUGGCCUUGCAUCUGGGAUGACGACCUCUGAAAGCCAAAGAAUCCACAAACUGGCUGAAUUCACCAACUUGAGAGUCAACUUCACCCAGCUGUCCCACCCUCCGCACCAGGGGUAUCGCGUGCCCAGUGCUUUCUAUGCCUUGACUGAGGUGCAGGUGCGAGGCAGCUGCCUCUGUCAUGGCCAUGCAGACCGCUGCGCUGCUGCUGACGUGUCUUCUGGAGAACCCAAUGCUGUGAUUCAUGGGCGUUGCAUGUGCCAGCACAACACUGCUGGGCCAAACUGUGACCAUUGUGCAGCCUUCUACAAUGACCAGCCGUGGAGACCUGCUGAAGAUGACAACCCCAACGAAUGCCGCAGGUGCAACUGUAAUGGGCAUUCCAACAAGUGUCACUUUGACCCAGCAGUAUACCAGGCCAACGGGGGCAUGGGUGGGGGCGUGUGCGAAGACUGCCAGCACAAUACGGCAGGGAGGAACUGUGAACAUUGCAAGACCAACUUUUUCCGUAACCGGCGGUUUGACCUUGGCCACCCAGAAGCCUGUCUCCCUUGUGAAUGUGACCCAGACGGCACUGUUCCUGGAUCCAGUUGUGAACCCCUGAAAGGCGUCUGUGUUUGUAAGGACAACGUGCAAGGAGAACGUUGCCAUCUAUGCAAGCCUGGAUUCACUCAGUUAACCAACUCUAAUCCCCAGGGUUGCAGAGAUUGCGCCUGCAACAUCUUGGGCAGCCGCAGCAACACGCCCUGCGACGAUGAAACAGGGCGCUGCUUCUGCCUCCCCAAUGUGGUGGGAGACAAGUGUGACGAAUGUGCGGUGAAUCACUGGAAAAUUGCAAGCGGCCAGGGCUGCCAACCGUGCGACUGUGACCCUCAGAAUUCUCUCAGCCCUCAGUGCAACCAGUUUACAGGGCAGUGUCCAUGCAGAGUAGGCUUCAGGGGCCUGAAAUGCUCUACCGCUGAAGUACGAUUUUGUCCUGACCAGUCUUAUGGAGAUUUCAGGACAGGAUGUAGAGCUUGUGACUGCAAUUUCCAGGGCACAGAACAGAUGGGCUGUGACAAGGCGACCGGCAGUUGCCUUUGCCACACUGGCUUUACUGGAUCCCGCUGUGACCAGUGCCAGCGGGGUUACUGUGGCCACCACCACCGCUGUGAGGCAUGCCACCCCUGCUUCCAGGCCUAUGAUGAUGACCUUCACAGGUUUGGGUUGCGUCAGGCCACCUUGAAAAAUUCUACUCAGCAUCAGCAGCUACACAUGGGGACGAUGGACUCCGGCUUCAGUACCCGUCUCUUAGAAGCAGAAAGUGAAAUUCAGCGCAUCGAAGGGAUCCUGGGAAAUCCCCUCGUGACAGAGCAGGGACUGGAUCAGGUGGUCAAUGCCAUUGCUACAAUCAGGCGGACCAUUGAAGGUUUAAGCUCCGAAAUACCUCUUAUGGAUGAAGUGUCCUCCCUAUCCAUAGAUAUGGAUGCUCUUGACAGAAGCCUCCUUCUAAUAUCUGCACAGUACCAAAACAAGAAGGCCCAAUUUGAAGCCAGCCGCAGCACAGACCUCUCAGGAGCAUUCAAGACAGUCAGCUCUGCAUAUCAGACAUCUUCCAAUGCCAGCCUGCGCAUCGCUGGAUCUUCUAGACUGCUGGCUCAGUCUCUGGAGAACAGGAAAAGUGCCGAGGAGCUUGAAAGUGAUCUUACCGACCACGGGUCAGGGCUGGAGGCUCUGCAGGGUGAAAUGGCUUUCUCUCCAAACUUGACUCCAGCCAUUAAUAAGAUUUGCAGUGGCAUCAGAUCUGAAAUUUGCACCCCGGGGGAAUGCAUUGGAGAACUGUGUCCCCAGCAGAAUGGAACUCAAUGUGGCCCUGGUCUGAGCUGUAGAGGGAUCCUCGCGCUUUCUGGCAGCUCUAUCCAAACUGGCAGGAAAACAACACAAGAGAUCCACAACUUAAGUAUCCGGCUUCAGCAAACUACACAGAUGAUCAGGGCUGCUGAAAUUGCUGCCAGCAAGAUUCAAACGAAUGCCCGAAGCUUGGGAGACCAGAUGAGCACAACUAGGACCCAGAUAGAGAGAGACAUCCAGCGUAUGCAGCAGUUCAUCCGCCAAAUUCGCAACUUCCUAUCAGAUCCAGGCACUGAUGCCACCACUAUCCAGCAAAUCAGUGAUUAUGUCCUCUCCCUUCAUCUUCCCACGGACUCUGCCACAAUCCUCAGGAAGAUGAAUGAGAUUCAGAACUUGGCCGCUAAGCUACGGUGCCCUGAAAGCAUCAUUGCCGAAACUGCUGGGGACAUUGCUAAGGCCAAACAGCUUCAGCAGGAGGCUGAAGAAGCCAGGAACCGAGCCAAUGCUAUUGAGGGUAGUGUGGAGGAUGUGGCGGAGAAUUUGAAUCAAGCAAACCUAGCACUUCAGGAGGCUGAAGAUACUAUCCAUGGCUCUAGCUAUUCUCUCAGGCUCAUCCAAGACCGCCUUGAUGAGAUCCAGACUGUCCUUACUCCAGCUCAGAAGACUGUGCAGGAGAUCACCCAACAGCUGGACGGUUUCACUGGGAGACUUGCCCAAUUACGGAGCAAAGCAAGCCAGAACCAGCAGUGGGCUGCAGAUGCGCAGCAGAGAGCAGUUGAAGCCAGUGAGCAAGCAAGGAGCACUCAACAGGGAUUUGAACAGGUGAAACAAAAAUAUGCAGAACUGAAGAAGCGGAUGGGACAAGGGUCCAACCUGGGAAUGCAAGGGGACCGGAUCAGAAAUGCCCAUAUGGAAGCUAACACAUUGUUCGAAGAAGCCUUGGGAAUGAUGGUCAAAAUGGGAGCUAUAGAAACAGAGAUCCAAGAGAGUAACAAUGCAUUCGUCCUUGAGUCAGCCAAGCUGACAGGCCUGGAAAAGAAAGUGGAAACCAUUCGUGAUCAUAUCAGCAACCGAGUUGCAUAUUAUGCCACUUGCACAGACUAGCACAGUUCAUGCUUGUCUUCUAACCCUUUUCUGAUUUGCAAAGACCUUUUAAGUCUUUCUUUGAAAAUAAAACAGCUUUGUCUACCUUUUGUGGGGGUAGGGAGGUAGUUUUGAGUCAAAGGAGUCCUUUGUAAUAGGUCAAGUUUUAGAAAAAACUUGGUAUGUUAAUUUAUUUGCUUUAGCUUUCUAAAGUCUUUUUAUAUCUAGAAUUCACCUCUUGAAUUAAACUUUCUGAUGGUUGCUUUUUA